GAGCAGGUUCGCCAUCCUCCAACAUCUGGAAGGCUCCCGUGAGAAGAUGGGAUGAAAGUCCUUGUAUCUGGAAGGGAUAAAACCAAGAUCAAAGUGUGGGAGGUGCAGAGGUGGAAUCCAGUUCCUGAGAAAUCGAGCAGGGGAACUGGCCCAGAGGACUGGGUAAAGUGUGCAAUAACGGAGACUCAAGCCCUGGAUGGGGACACCACACAUGCUGUCUUGGGCCCUCCAACCCUGAGAGUCACAUGCUUCUCAUCUUCACAGCGGUUUCCAAAUCUAAACCAAAGUUCAUCUGUAUCAGAAGCACCAGCUCCAGGCUCAGCUCCACCAUACAAGAGACACCCAAGGAGAAUCAGCCGGUCUCAGAAUUUCUGCAAAUCAACAUCUGUAAAUAGGUCCAGAAUUAUCACCUUAACUUCUGCCACUGAGAAAAAGUCCUCUCCUUCACUUCUGGAACUUUUGUUUUACCUUAUUCUCACCCUCUGAGCAGUGGUCCACAGUGAAUACAUGGCUUGGAGUAAUCUCAGCUCAGUCACUGAGUUCAUCCUCAUGGGCUUUACCGACCACCCCAACCUGCGGAUACCCCUCUUCCUGGUGUUUCUCAGCUUCUACCUUGUCACCCUGCUGGGGAACAUGGGGAUGGUUAUUCUCAUCCGAGUGGAUGCCCAGCUCCACACUCCAAUGUACUUCUUCCUGAGCCACCUGGCCCUGCUGGAUGCCUGCUAUACCUCGGUCAUCACCCCUCAGAUCCUGGCUACCCUGGCUACAGGUCAAAUGGUCAUCUCCUAUGCCCAGUGUGCUGCCCAGUUCUUCUUCUUCACAACCUGUGCAGCAACAGAGUGCUUCAUGCUGGCUGUGAUGGCCUAUGACCGCUACAUUGCUAUUAGCAACCCGCUGCUCUACACGGUGGCCAUGAAACCCAUAAUCUGUUGGAGUCUGGUGGUUGGAGCCUAUGUCUGUGGGGUGUCAGCGUCCAUCCUGCGUACCACGUGCACUUUCUCCCUAUCUUUCUGUGAAGACAACCGCAUCAACUUCUUUUUCUGUGACCUCCCACCCCUGCUGAAGCUUGCCUGCAGUGAUACAACAAAUGCUGAGAUCAUCAUUGUCACCUUCGGCAACUUUGUGAUUCCAGCCAAUGCCUUGACCAUCCUGAUCUCCUACCUGCUCAUCAUCAAGGCUGUUGGGAAGGUGAAGUCUCCAGGAGGCAGGGCUAAGACUUUCUCCACGUGCGCCUCCCACCUCACCACUGUGGCCCUUUUCUUCGGGACCCUUGUCUUCAUGUACAUACGGAGCAGCUCAGGCAAGUCCUUGGAGGAGGACAAGGUGGUGUCUGUCUUCUACACCAUGGUCAUCCCCAUGCUGAACCCUCUCAUCUACAGCCUGAGGAACCAAGAUGUGAAAGCAGCAUUCAAGAAGGUCAUUGGUAGGUUCCAGAUAUUCCACAGCAUGUAGACCUAGGGAUAAAACAUCUUAUAUCAAGCAAUUUCGUUCCCACAUCAAUACAUCCUAAUAGGCACCAACACCUUAGGCAUUUUGUAUCAAUGAGUGGAGAAAAGGCAGAAAAGUGUCUCCAAUCAAAUGAGCACAGAAACAUGUAGUAAAAUUGGCAGCCAGCAAUUCCAUAAUAGUACUUGCUUCUACUCAUCCUCUCCCACUUCCAGUUUAUUCCUGGGCACACAACAGGACUUGAAGUCUUGAGUUAUUUCAUCCCUACCCCAAACUGUGACCCCCUUUCCCUCUCGU